AUGAAGAAACGAAACCCGCCGUCGGCACUAAACCCUAACUGGGAUUCUCUGAAGCAAAACCUCAACCCCAGAGUUACAGUUGUGAAUGCAUGGGGAAACGUUGUAUAUGACGAGUAUGUUCGUCCACUAGAGCCUGUUGUGGACUUCCGUACGAAUAUCAGUGGUAUCCACCCUUGGAACAUGAAGAAAGCAAAGAACUUCAUGAUUGUCCAGAAGAAAGUGGCAGAGUUGAUCAAAGGAAGGAUCCUUGUAGGGCAUGCUUUACACAAUGAUCUGAAGGUAUUAUUAUUGAGUCAUCCAAAGAAGGAUAUUAGGGACACUUCAGAAUAUAAACCCUUUCUAAGGGACGGGCGGAGAAGGGCUCUUAAGGAUCUUGCAGCUGAAAUACUUGGUAUCAGGAUCCAACAAAAGCAACACUGUCCAAUUCAGGAUGCCCGAGCCGCCAUGCUCAUUUAUAAGAAAUACCAAAAGGCAUGGGAGAAGAGCAUUAAGAGGCUUGACAAGCUAAAACAGAAGAUAAAGAAAAAGCACAAGAAGAAAUCAAUGGAGAAGGCUGCAGCAGAAUCUGAUGAGACAGUAGUGCUUUCCUAGUUAAACAUGUCUUUGUUGGAGAUUAAAGAGAGCUGAUGAUUAUCACGCAAGAGAGAGGAGGAUUUCCAGCAUUUCACCUCAUGUUGGGUGAUAAUUCUAAAGGAUCACCCUCAUCAUUACAAGGAUACCGUGCAUCAUAUUUUUGCUGCAAUUACUUAAUUGUUGGGUUUAGUCUAUAAGCUCUAUAUGAGUAGAGGUUUCUGAUGCCAGUAUUCCAAAAGAAAGCUGACCGACAGUGUAACAAUGUGAGCGGAUGACAGUGCAAUACUGGGAAUUUGCAAUGGCAUGAGUUACAAAUUUGAUUCUUUUGAUGCA